AUGAACCGCGUAGACUACAACGAAAAGGCACAAGCCCGCCUCAACGACCAACAGUCCUACAAAUGCACGCCUUCCUCCCGAGCCAAAUCGAUGAUUGGUCAACUAACCGAACUCCUGAACCGACUCAGGCGAAACAGUGCUAUAUCGCUGGACGAAGGGCGACAGGUGAAACCAACGGACACGGCACUGGUCCGGUUUUAUGGAUUACCAAAAAUCCACAAGCCCAAUGUUCCCCUUCGAGCUAUGGUUGCCCUGAAAGGCAGUCUCACUAACAAUCUAUCCAGGUGGAUGGCUCGAAAAUUUAACUUUCUCCGAGAAUGCUCGAGGACCUCCAUCAAUUCGGCCUCCCAAUUCCUGGCCGACAUCCGAGGAAACGUUGUCCGAUCGGAUCAGAUUAUGGUGUCCUUUGACGUGGCCUCAUUGUUCACAUCCAACACAUCGGACCUGGCACACGACAUUCUUCGCAAACGACUCGAAGAGAACUAG